UCGUGCCGUCACUCGCACCUACACUCUCGACCCACGCUUUCGACACUCCCGAUUCGUCGCCUUCGUCUCCCUAACAGAAGGAGAGCAGAACAAGAGAGGAUGGGCUCGGAGGGGCCGGGGCAUGGGUUCGGAUCCGGGGCGGCGGAGGAGAGGGACAUCGACGAUCUCCCGCGGAACGACGCCAACUACACGGCGCUGACGCCGCUCUGGUUCCUCGAGCGGGCCGCCCUGGCCCAGCCGGACAGGGCGUCCGUCGUGCACGGCCCGGUCCGGUACACCUGGGCCGAGACCUACCGCCGGUGCCGCCGCCUCGCCUCUGCACUGGCGCGCCGAUCUGUCGGCCACGGCAGCACUGUGAGCACAAAGGCUAUAUACACUGGUAUUGCAAAACAAGGAGUGACGCAUUUCUGCGCUGCGCCCGUCGUCAUGAACAACCUCAUAAACGCUCCUGCAAGCGAGACCUUCCUGCCACUCCCCCGUGUGGUCAAUGUCAUGGUGGCCGGAGCCGCCCCGACACCAUCGCUUCUUGCGGCGCUGUCUAUCCGUGGUUUCCGUGUCACCCACACUUACGGCCUGUCUGAGACCUAUGGCCCGUCGACGGUGUGCGCGUGGAAGCCCGAGUGGGACGACCUGCCGCUGGAGGAGCGCUCCCGCCUGCACUGCCGGCAGGGCAUCAGGUACACCGCGCUGGAAGGCCUGGACGUGGUUGAUCCGAAGACAAUGAUCCCUGUCCCGGCUGAUGGCAAGUCCUACGGGGAGAUCGUGAUGAGGGGCAACGCCGUGAUGAAGGGCUACCUGAAGAACCCCAAGGCCAACGCCGAGGCGUUCGCGCAUGGCUGGUACCACUCCGGCGACCUGGGCGUGAAGCACCCCGACGGGUACAUCGAAGUCAAGGACCGGAUGAAGGACAUCAUCAUCUCCGGCGGGGAGAACAUCAGCACCCUGGAGGUGGAGAAGGUGGUGUACAUGCACCCGGCGGUCCUGGAGGCCUCGGUGGUCGCCAGGGCCGACGAGCGGUGGGGGGAGUCGCCCUGCGUCUUCGUUACCCUCAAGGAAGGGGCCGGUGGUUCCGACGAGGUGGCGCUGGCGAACGAUAUCAUGAGGUUCUGCCGGGAAAGGAUGCCGGGCUUCUGGGUACCGAAGUCUGUCAUCUUCGGGCCGUUGCCCAAGACGGCGACGGGGAAGAUCAAGAAGCACGAGCUGAAGGCCAAGGCUAAGGAGCUUGGCCCUGUGAAGAAGAGCAGGAUGUGAGCUCCGAUGUUGAGAUACAUAUACGUAUAGUGGACCGUGGACGCUAGCGCCAUCGUGAAUAAGUUAUGCUCUGGGGAAAUUCCCAAGUGAAGGCUUGUCUGUAUAAGAAAUUCAAGCACUCAUUUUCAUUCAAGAAAAUACUGUAGAAGACAAGAGGGAGACAGAACACGAACUCUUGCUUCUGUGCUUA